ACUCUUACCCUUUUGAAUUAACGGGCGGAAUGAUACCCGAAAUAUUCCGUCCAUGAAAUUGUUCCAUCGUGUUCAUCUCAAAAUUCCCAAUUACCUUAUCCUUUCCAACUGAUCAAAUGAAUUUACUCUGCAAAUCCAUCGAAACCCUCACUCUCAGUCUCAAUUCCCCACCCCCUCCUCUUUCCCCUCGUUCUCACCAGCUCCCUUUAUACUCCUUCAAAUUCACCACCACCACCACUUUCCGCCAAUGUCGCCGCUCAAUUACACCUUCUUCCGCCUCCGACCACCCAGCUUCCCCCGCUUCCAUGUCCGAAAUCGACAUGGUCCAGACAAAGGAAGGAGUCUUCGCCGCCAAACCUAAAAAAGUCGUAAUCUUGUGGGACCUCGACAACAAGCCCCCGCGAGGCCCUCCUUACGAUGCCGCCAUGGCUCUCAAAAACAUUGCCAAUCAUUUCGGUGAACUCGUUGACGUCUCCGCCUACGCUAACCGCCACGCCUUCAUCCACCUCCCACACUGGGUCGUCGAGCAACGCCGUGAUCAACGCCGUCUCGACAUCCUUGAGCGUAAGGGCGUCGCUACCCCAUCCGAACCCUAUCUCUGCGGUGUCUGCGGCCGCAAAUGUAAAACAAAUCUAGACCUAAAGAAACACUUCAAACAAUUACACAUGCGAGAAAGAGAAAAGAAGAUGAACAGAAUGAAAUCCUUGAAGGGGAAGAAACGACAGCGGUUCAAGGAGAGGUUUAUCACCGGAAAUCACAAGUACACGGAGGCUGCUAGAACCCUAGUUACGCCCAAAACUGGGUACGGAUUGGCAGCGGAGCUUAGAAGGGCGGGGGUUUUCGUGAAGACGGUGGAGGAUAAGCCUCAGGCGGCGGAUUGGGCAUUGAAGAGACAAAUGCAACAUUCCAUGAGUCGAGGAAUUGACUGGUUAGUGUUGGUUUCCGAUGAUUCUGAUUUCUCUGAGAUGUUAAGAAGAGCUAAAGCUUCAAAUUUGGGGACGGUGGUUGUUGGUGAUUGGGACAGAGCAUUGGGGAGACAAGCGGAUUUGUGGGUUCCAUGGAAUAGGGUCGAGAAUGGGGAGAUUACAGAAGAGGAUUUGGUUCUAAGAACCAGAAGCGAUGAAUUUUUGGAUGAUGUCGACAAUGGUGUGUUUGUUUCCAGUUUUGAUGGGGAUAUGGAUGAAAAUAUCGGACCUUUAGAUGGUAUUUUAGAUGAAUUAGUAGCAAAAAGGAGUGGAUUCAAUCAGUCAAAGAUUUCAGCUUUUUCUGAAGGAGAAGAUGAAGAUGAAGAUGAAGAAGAUGAUUACUUAUCAGAUAGUGAUGAUGAAGCUGAAGAUUGGUACACCUGAAUAUGAAAUUACUUAAUAACAUCUCACAGAUUUAUGGUUAUUGAGAGCUAUGGAUCAUGGUGUCGUAUUUUUUGUGAAGAAAGGAAGUUAAUGAUGUUGAUAGAAUGCAAGGAUUUGUUCACAUUGAACAUAAAGAGAGCUGCUUUUCAUACCAGUAUGAAUCUCUUAAAAACUCCAUAUCCCCCCCUGUAAUUUAUGAUAGCAUCUAGAUUUAUUAUGCCCAUUACAUUUUCCUGAAUAUACAUGCUGUUUUUAUUUAAACAUUUCGACUUAAAUGGAUUAAUGGAGAUAUGGUUGAAGAUUGUGUAA